AAACGGUUUGUGGAGCCAAGUCCUCUGGGGUCAUCGAAUGAUAGUUCGGUCUCGGCCAGCGGCCACGUUUCUGAGCAGAACCAGGCCCGUUGCAAGGUUGUGUUCUAGACCCAGCAACCAAGCUUUUCGCUGACCUGCUGAUCUCCAAUGAUCUGGGCCACAAAUGCUUAAAGCGUUUGCUUGGUCUGCAGGGCAUGCUGGGGGAAGAGGUACGCGCGCAUGGGCAAGCCGGCCAGAAGGUCCCAUUCUCCGAAAGCGGUAUCCCGAGUGAUCAGCGGCGCGGCUCGCGGGUACGAGAGGCGAGAUGAAAGGACGCAAGCAGAUUGAAAAAGUGAACAUUGUAGUCACCGGCUGCUUCCUCCAGGGAAGCUCGAGGCGGGCAAUUUAUCCAGAUAUUAACUGUGCACCGCCUAGCAGACGGCGAGUGUGGGUUCUCGAGUUGGUCCCGCAUUUAGUCUGGUGUUGUGCGAGCAUUCUCUGGAUUCGAUGAAGCGGUUGAGCAACUGUGCUGUCCUCGACCAGCCGCUAGCUAGUAUCAUCGUAGUCGGAUGAUGAACAACAAGUCCUCUGCUGGAUGGCCUACACGCAACAGAAGAACCGACAUCCACAUGUAGGACAGUCCGGACGGAACAUGGUCGACAAGAUCCGAUUGACACCCCUGCCCCCAGACAAUGCAAUGCUACUGUGGGCAGCUCCACUGUACACCCCACACUGCUGGCAAUGAUCUGACGCUUUCCCAUCAGGGUCAUUCAGGAACGUGGGGCUCCGAGAUUAAGCUCUCGUGCAAGGGCUGUCAACCCGACGGUGUCAGUUGCCAAGGGUAGGCUUGGACCAUUUCGCUGGAUGCCCGUUUGGUUGGCGGAAGUAGCGAUCCUUUCCGCCUUGGGUUGUUUGCCUGCAGUGGCCUCCCGAGACUGGGGUACCCUUGGGGGCGGUCCAAAUGCGUCGAAGUUCGAACUUGGUGUUGCUUCCCACAACAAGCGGGAGUCGACGACAGUGAGGGAUCUUGGUGCCGUGUCAGCUGUUGCUACCCUAGAAACAGUGUGAUGUGAUCACGCGGAGAUGGUGAGCUUCUGUUUCCCCUGCGAGGCCUGUGCUGGCUUCCUUGAUCCUCGGUUCCAAUCGGGACGCACUGCCUAAAUGCCUAGCCCAGGUUCCAGCCAGCGUCUUCUUCCUCCGCAGUGUUUUCCAAGUAUGCCUCACCCAAAAGCAGCGUGCAACGUGCGCCGGAGGAAAUGAGGCGCCGCCCGUGCUCGAGGGUCGGUGGUUCAGACCUGAACACCUUGAUAUUAACCAUCAGAGGCCGUCUUCCCGCUUAUCCGACGCAAUGGCGGGGCGCAUCCGUCGAUGUGCGAGACUUGCUUCUUCAUAAAAGGCAGGACCGCCGUGAUUCAAAACCGCGGAUAGAACCUCGUCUUCAGCUCCAUCCUCUCACUCCGCUUGGAAAUAACACCAACUCCGACCGACACCAGUUGACAUACAAGAAAGAUGGCGGUCAAAAGCGUUCUUCUCGCCGCCUUGGCUACCAUGGCUCUGGCCGCGCCGGUCGAGGAGCGACAGAACUGUGGAGCCAUGUAGUAAGUCGGCCUCUCACCUGGCCUUCGGCCUUCGGACUCGACAUACUAAUGACGGCGGUCAGCGCGCAGUGCGGAGGGAUCGGCUGGUCGGGAGCGACCUGCUGCGCGUCUGGGUCUGUGUGUACCAAGGGCAAUGACUAUUACUCGCAGUGCUUACCUGGCUCGGCUGCGAGCAGUUCCACUGCAGCGACAACCUCCAGGACCACCACCACCGCAGGCCCGUCGUCAACCACGACGUCCAAGGCGAGCACGACCAGCGCAGGGUCGGCGACCACCUCGUCCAAGCCGUCCACCACGAUCCCCGGAGGAGCCGGUACCACUGCCUCGUAUAGCGGCAACCCUUUCAACGGCGUGAAUAUGUGGGCCAACUCCUACUACGCUUCCGAGGUCUCUUCCCUGGCAAUUCCAAGCCUUUCGGCAGCCAUGGCCACCAAGGCCGCCGCGGUUGCCAAGGUACCUAGCUUCCAGUGGCUCGACACCGCCGACAAGGUCGACACUUUGAUGGCAGGCACCCUUGCGGACAUUCGAGCUGCCAACAAGGGGGCUACUACACCAUAUGCUGGCCUCUUCGUGGUGUAUGACCUCCCGGACCGAGACUGUGCGGCUGCCGCUUCCAAUGGUGAGCUGAGCUAUGCCAACGGCGGUGCUGCCAAGUACCAGGCGUACAUCGACUCCAUCCGCAAGCAACUCAUUACCUACUCGGAUGUUAGAGUUCUGCUGGUCGUUGAGCCCGACUCGCUCGCCAAUCUGGUGACCAACCUCAACGUGGCCAAGUGCGCCAACGCAAAGGACAACUACCUGCUGUCCACACAGUACGCCCUGAAGCAGCUCAACUUGCCCAACGUCGCGAUGUAUAUGGAUGCUGGGCACGCCGGUUGGCUGGGAUGGCAGGCCAACCUUCAGCCCGCAGCCGAUAUGUUUGCCAAGGUGUACAAGGACGCUGGCUCUCCUGCUGCCUUGCGCGGGCUUGCGACGAAUGUAGCCAAUUAUAACGCCUGGAGCGUCGCCACCGCACCAUCAUAUACCCAAGGUAACGCCAACUACGACGAGUCGCACUACGUGAAGGCUAUUGCGCCCCUCCUCGCCGCCGAAGGGUUCAGCGCACAUUUCAUCACGGACCAAGGCCGUUCCGGCAAGCAGCCUACAGGCCAGGCCGCGUGGGGAGACUGGUGCAACGCCUUGGGAACUGGAUUUGGUCUCCGUCCCACCUCCAACACCGGCCUCGAGCUGGAGGAUGCCUUCGUCUGGGUUAAGCCUGGCGGCGAAUCGGACGGCACCAGCGAUCAGAGUGCCACCCGGUACGACUUCCACUGCGGCCAGUCAGACUCCCUCAAGCCCGCCCCCGAGGCAGGCACCUGGUUCCAGGCGUACUUCGAGCAGCUCCUGACUAACGCCAACCCGGCGUUCUAAUCGGAUCAGCAGGUAGUCGCGCGGGCGGUGUGGGUAAGUACCAGAGUGCCUUAUCAUCGCCCAUAGAGGGUAUCGGGAAGCUCGUCUUAUUUUCAAAGGUCUUUCCCUUCGAUGUAUAUAGUUCUUGCGAACAUCAUCGCUGUCCAUGCAAAUAGAACACGUUCUCUCUUGACCUCGUGCCGGACAGGCCGCGUUAUGCUCUGUUCAGCAUAUCGGUCCGCCCUCGAAGCCUAGUUCUUCACACGGUUCGUCGUCUCAGGGAGUCGUGAAAACAGAGUUCAGUCUACCAACUAGGACCUCCUCCACGGUCCUCCUGGCUGUGGUGGCAAAUUCGGUGCUGUCGAUGAGCACGCCGAGCUCUUGACUCGUAAACCAGCUCGCUCGGUCCAUGUUGCCUGAACCCAAAACAGUGUGUUGUCCAUCAAAGAUACUGAGCUUCAAGUGCGAUUGCACAGGCUCCUCGUCCAGGGUCGAGGCUUCACUUGGCUUGAAGUAGGAAAUCCGCAACGAACCCGGCGCGACAGGCUGAGCCUCCAGGUCAACAGUCUCGUCUGCCCCUGGAUGCGCUUGUUCUAAGGCUUGAGUCGAAGCACGAAGCCGCCGAUAACGCUUUACUAGGCCCCGAAUGCACCAACCGGUCGUCGUGCCGGCUGUGACGAUUUGUUCCAACAGCAUCAUGCGCCGACUGGUUACAAUGGCGACGUCUACUCCGCGGGCGAGAGCCUUGUCGAUGGCAGAGAGCACUGGUGGAGAGGUGAGGUUCGGAGUCUGGAUGUAGAUGUCCCGGCUUGCUCCGUCCAAUAGUCUUAGAAACGCAGUGUUGAGAGGCGUGUCUGGGACUGAAGGGGACUUCCAAGGCCAAAAACAGAAGGAUGGGUUGCGGUGGUGCCAACUGGGGAGCCAUUCGACUCCUGCGGCUGGUACUUGGACAGGCGCGAGCCUGUCGGCUAGGGACUUGAUUUUACCCUCGUCAAUUCUGCUGUCAGUGAGGCAAGUUUGUCGGGUAUCCUGUUCCAAAGUCGGCGGCAGCGUUGCCUCGAGGUCCAGACCGUUUUGCCACACAGUGCGGUAGAAGCUCAGGAGGCCAUCAAUGGGGUCAUCACGCGGCGCCUUCCUCGACAUUUCCAGACAUCCCUCGAGCCAAGUCUCCCAGCUGACGUUGCAGCUCGGCACGAACGCCCGCCGGCGAUCCACAAUCAGAAAUUUGGGGUGCAUCACGCUGAAAGGCAGGAAGAACAGGCUCUUCACCUCCAUCUCCAUCUUUCCCGCAGCUAGGACGUCCGGGGCUGGCAGGCCCAACUUGUUGCUCCACGAAGACCGAGGGUAGACAUAUCCAUCCCUCGACGACGUAUGCGAGAGCUUCUGGAGCAGAGAACGCGAGGAGAAGCAGAUGUACACCCGCAGUGGUUGAACGGGCAGCGUCUCUCGCUUCCGGGCAAGUUGCUCAAGCGCAUUGGAGAGUGCCACCAGCGUCUUGGAAGAUGCCCAGAAGCAAGUAACCAGGAUGAUCUCGUGCUCAGCCAGCAAGAUCGCUGGAAGCAGCCGCUGGGUGUAGAUCGAGGCACCCGUGCCGAGGACGAAGCUGUCCAUGACCGGCGUGUUCAGUGUCCCGCGACCCAGGUUGAUCGAGGUGUUGAUCUUGAAAAGGACGACAAGGCAAUUGUUUCAUCCUGGGGGUGCUGCCGGGAG